UUAGUAUGUGAUAAGGGCUGAAGAAUUCUUAUCCACAAGAAACUUGAGGCCUGAAAUUCUCUAGCCAUUUAUUUGAUUACAAAGAAGAAAAGCUUUACAGAGAAGGGAAAAUCUGUAAUCCGCCAUGGCUACUGCUGCUGCAACUUCAACCUACUUCUCGAUACUGGUACGGACGCCGGAGAAGAAGCGAUUGGGUAAAAGAACUGUGCUUUUUGUUUCUGCGCAGCAGCCGGAAGUCGAAGAGGAUGUGAAGGAAGUGAUCGAGGAGGAAAUCAGGAAUGAAAAGAGGAAACGGAACGAACAGCAGCUGAAGACGCCGAGGCCGGUGGAAAAGCAGACGAAUGUGAAGAGCAAGAACAUGGAGCGGGAAUACGGCGGGCAGUGGCUGAGCAGCACCACACGUCACGUGAGGAUAUUCGCAGCCUACGUUGAUCCGGAGACGUGCGAAUUCGACCAGACGCAGAUGGAUAAGCUGACACUCAUCCUCGACCCGACGGAUGAGUUUGUGUGGACGGACGAGACCUGCACCAAAGUUUUCUCUUGUUUCCAAGAACUCGUCGAUCAUUAUGAGGGUGCACCGCUCACGGAGUACACACUGCGGCUGAUUGGUUCGGAUUUGGAACACUAUAUAAGGAAGCUAUUGUAUGAAGGAGAGAUUAAGUACAACAUGGAUGCGAGGGUGCUCAAUUUCAGCAUGGGAAAACCUCGAGUCGGAUUCGGAUUCAACUACGAUGGAGAGGAGAGCUUCAAGAUGCAAAAUAACAUGGAUUGAAUUCGAGGAGAGAUUAGAAGAUUAACACAAACAAAGAGAUAUGUAUGUUUCGGGCGAGCAUCAGGUUGAGAUCACUUGCCGUGCAUCAAUGGCGUCGCUGAUGGAUCAAUACAUACAUACGUACAUAUAUUUAUGUGUAUAUAUUUACGUAUUUCUAUCUCUACACCUGUGAUGUAUUCGUGAAGAAAUUCUUCGUCUACGUCUUCCUCCAAUUGCCCUAGUUUAUGUCACUGUCAAUUAGAACAAGAUGAUUAUGAUGAGGAGGGGAGAGGAGGCAAACAAAUUAAACUAAUUGAUCAUUUGAUUUGAUUUGAGCUCCUCGUGUUCUUCACAUAUGUACAUAUAUUAUCCUCUUUCUUGAGUUCUCUUUUUCGUGGCUACUA